AUGGCUUUACUUCAAUGUUUAUUCAUUGUGGCGCUACAAGCAUUUAUUUGUUACGAAAACACAAUACAGGCCAAUCUGUUGCCUUCGUUUGAUACAAGUGUGCUAUCAUCCACCACAACAGGUUCAGAUACAAUACCUGCUCGAGCCAGAGAUCGAUUGGGCCGUAUCAAAUGGGAGAACAUUGCAUUUAUGGGCUUCCAAGCUUGGUUCUUUGGCAUCGCUGUUGAUGCAACGGUUUAUCAAAACACAGCUGAGAUUCUAAUUUUGGCCGUCUUAAACGGCCUUUGUGCCAUUUUAGGUGCACUUGAAAUCGUGGAUGGCAACAAAUGGCUCACGUUGUUGAAAAAGACAGAUUAUUCAACUGCACCAUUGGCUAUUGCAGAAAAAAUUGAAAUUGCGUUAUCUGCUACCAUCUUACUUUUUGCUAUCAUCAUGGGCUAUCUUAGUUUUGCGAUGUCCAAACAGUUUGGUUGGAACAUCUAUAAAAAGAUUGGCGCAGAUGUCCGAAUCCAAAAAAUGUAUCGCACGUUCCAGUUCUUUGUAUUGGCUCUCAAAGUCAAUAUCUUUACCGGAUUUAUGGUGUCCUUGUUUUAUCUGAUCCAAUUUGCCUUGAAGCAAAGUGAUUCAAAGUGGAACAUUUGGUUCCAAUUAGUUUGCACAAUUUUAAUGCUUCCAUUUCUUUAUUUUGCACGUACUGCAGGUAGUACAGAAAGUAUCCUCAGAAUGUCUAUCUUUCUUUGCUUUCAAGCUGUUGUCAUUGUUCAUUUUGUCUUGAUCUUGAGAGAUACAAUGCAACCCAACAAUAAUUGGUAUACUUGGAUUGCUUUUAUAUGUGUGGGUAUUGCUGUUGACUUGAUCACCAUUGUGCUUGGAAUCAUGACGAUGAAAAACUUUAAAGGAGGACUUCAGCCUUAUGUUCAACGAGGUGCCAAGGACAAAAAAUACCAUGAUCUAGAACUCAACAAGACUAACACUAAUGAUACUUGGCAAAUUGACGAUAAUUAG